AUGCACAGUGACUGCCGCUGGGGUCUUGAUGACUUCCUCCGGCACGCCCGCUGCAACCGCAACGUGACGCUGGACGAAGAGAAGUGUGCGCCUGCCUACCGCCGCACCCUGGAGCUUGCGAAGACCGUGAGCCAGGCGCAGGACGUGGACCAUGGCCUCAAGAGAUCCUGCUGCGCUUUCAGCGAGUUCGUGGAGUGCAAGAACUUCCACGUGGAGCGCGACUGCGGUGACCGGGCGAGCGCCUUCUUCUCUCGCCACAUGCAGCGCAUCUCGGGGCCGCUCAUCGAGGACCACUGCGGACACUACGCGCACGGGGGAAGCUGCGACGACAGCGCCGCCUCUUCGGCAGACCGCCAAACUAAGGCGAAGCGCCGAUGGCCACUACUGCUCGCCGCAGCCAUCACAGCGAUGGCGCUCAAGUCCAUCAGUGCGGAACGCUGUUGAAUCGAGUAAUGUGAAAUCGAGAGUUCGACGGAGGUCCUUCUAGUCGGGAUUGAAACAUGACAAAGGAAAGGAAG